UAUUCUGCUUUUUUAUGCUAAGAUUUUGUUUUAAUGGUUCUAUAAACAAAACCUGAAUGAUAUAAUUCAUGGAGGGCAGCAAUGAGAUAGAAAAUAAAAAUUCAGAAGAAACAGCUACGGAAACCGAAUUUUUUAGUGAACAAGUAGUCGUUGAAAGUACUCAGAGUGAGGAAGAAAAUCCGGAAGAAGAUUUCCUAUCUGUAUUACAGGAAACGUUAGAAAGAUUGCGAAGUCUUUCCGGAAAUGCUGCCGAGUUGAAAUUACCAGUUCCAACGACAGACAUCCAAAGUGUGUACAAGAAACUAUGCAAAGCUUUACAUGUCCCAGAAACUUCAACUUUUUCAUCUGGAAUUGACAGUGAGAGUAUGGAUUUUUCAUAUCACUGUCUCGGCCUUUUUGGCAUAAUACCUGUAACAAAAGCACUUACCCUUCACUUCAAAAUAAAAAAACUUGAUUUCGCGUAUAAUAAGUUAGGAUCUGAAAGUCUACCAGCUAUAGCAUUGCUUUUGGACCAAAAUCACAAUAUUACGCAUUUAAAUUUAUCUUGUAAUGGCAUAGGAAAGAACUGUGCGAAUGAAUUACGCUCACUCAUUGAUAACUGUUCCUUAGAAUUUCUAGAUUUGUCCAAUAAUAAUAUUGGGGAUGAAGGGUUAAGUGCUAUUGCUCAAGAACUAAUGAAAGUGGAUAAUAUAAAAGAAUUAAAUUUGAGCAGGAACGACUUCAGCGCAGAUAGAAGUGCAGCAUUUGGUUCCUGCAUUGCAAAAUGUGUGACAUUAGAAAAGCUGGAUUUAAGUUGUAACCAUUUCGAAGAUGGGGCUAUCGGCCUCUUUAUUGUAUUAAAAAAUUCUAAUUUAAAAUUUCUAGAUAUAUCAAGAAAUGGCAUUCCAGAUGAAGCGAUGCCAGUAUUAGCUGCUGGUCUUCGCGGCAAUAAGUCUCUACAGGAGCUCAGUCUCAGUAGUAAUUACAUAACGAAUAAAGGAGCAGUUCUUCUUGCUCCAGGCAUUAGAGGAAGUUCAACACUCGAGAUAUUGAGGUUAUCGUACAAUCCUUUCCAAGGAGCUGCAGCAAGUGCUGUUCUUAAUUCAGCGGGUAACAAUUUAAAGAUUUUAGACUUGUCUGGCAUAAAAGGAAACAUCGAUUUCCUAAAAACUUUGCGCAGCUAUGAAAAAUGCGGGAAAAAUUUAGAAGUGCUCUUUGGAACUGAGAUUCGUUUUUCCUUAUUUCCCAAAGACUACUUCUUACCACGGCAGGAUACACUUACAGAAUCCAAUGCUUUGAUGUAUAUGCAGCAACUAGCAGAUGAGAAAGGCGUUUCUCUCAGGAUUACUUUAAAAAUUAUCCAUGCAACUUUUAUUGCUGAGCAACAUGCCGCAGUUUCAGAGCUGUUAGAAAAAUCAGAAUUGGAUCAAGAUAAGGAGCCUCGUCAAAUGACAAUUGAAGCCUUUGCUAAUGGACUUACGAAUAGUCAGCUGGCUGUGCCGCGCUCUUUAGCUUUAGAAUUGGCAAGAUAUCUUGCUGAAGACGGAUAUAUUAAUAUGUGGAAAAUAAUAUCUGAAACAAAAUGGCGUCCUGACGCUCUCAUUAUCAAACUGAAACAGGAGAAAAAGGAAGCUCCACCGCAAAAGCCGAAAGGAAAGAAAUAAUUUUAUGAACUAUACACCCAUCUGAAGAAAAAAAAAUGUUUCAUUAUAGAAAUCUAAUUUUUAUUUCCGUUGAUCAAAAAGAGAAAAUGUCUGUUCAGAUGUAAUUCAUAAAUAACUCUGCAUAGUUUCGUGUAUGAUGUAUUUAUACUUUGCUGGUUUAUUAAGUUUUAUUUAUAAAGCAUAUUCGAGAAGAUAA